UUCGUUGUUAAGUCAUUAAUUAUUAUUUAUGUUUUAAUUGAUUAAUUUUGAAGUUUUUACAUUUAGAAAAAAAAAACAUUACUGUAUUAUGUUCUAAAGUACCAUGAAAAAAUGAUGGAUGACAGUACUGAAGAAAACUUUUUAAAUGAUUUUUAUGACGCAGAUCUGAUAAAAAAAUUGGACGACGUAAAACAAAUCAUCAAUGAUUCAAACUAUGAAGGAAGUAAAGAAUCCUCUGUACAUAAAUUAUUGCAGGAUUGCAUUGAAAUACUGAAAACUGAGAAAAAUUCUAUGGAAUGUAUUGAGAAAGGGUCUUGUAUAUCAAACAGUAUAGUUAAUAAUCUCUUAGCAUAUGAAAAAAACAUAAUUGCUUUGUUUAAACAUUGUUCAGAAAGCAAUCUAAUUUAUGGCAAUUUAAUUAUGAAUGUAAAGCAAUUACUCACUGAAUUAUUCAAAAAGGCGUCUGAAAUACAGUUAUUAUUUUUUGGUAUCUUAGAAAAAGUGAAAUUUGAUUUAUCAUUGAAAGAAGACUUAAACUUAUUGCUUAAAGUAUUACAGUAUAUUUGGUAUGGUGCUGAAGCAGUAUAUAAUGCAAGCAACAAAAUUAUGGCUUCUCAUUGGAAAGCAUAUAUUACCAUGUUAAAAAAAUAUGCUGCAGAGUUAAAAGAUUGUAUCAUAAAUGAUGAACCAAUUGAUUUUCUGUGUUCAGAAAUUAAAAAAACAAUUUUAUCUCAUAAAUUUUAUGACGAAGCAUCAUUAAAACUAUUAACAUAUAUGAUGAGUGUUUUAGUUAAGCUUUGUUCAUAUGGCCGUGUAUCAAAAUCUCAUAAUAUAUUGUUAGAAUUUAUUUUAUUCUUAAAUAGCUAUUGGUUAUCUGAUACACAAAAUGCUGUCGCUGUCAAAGAUAGAUUGUCACAAUUUGUUGAUCAGUUAGUGUUGUUAUCAGAUGAUAUAUUUGUGGAGACAUUUCAGUCAAGCUGUCAAGACAUAAUUAAUAACAACUCUUCAAAUCAAAAGAUGUCUGCCAUGUACAUUGCAAUGCUGCUAAUAAAACGUUUAACAAAAGCUCCUUGUGAUCAACAAGCUCGUCAGAUUAUAUGUGUCGUUUUUAAUUUGAUUAAAUCUACAGAUUCUAUAAUGUGUUGUUACAACAUAAAUAUAUAUGAAGAUUUACUGAUUAAUGUAGCAUCCAUAAUUCUAAUAUCAGAUUACAGCUUGUUUGAAAAUGUUGAAAACAUUUUAAUUCAAAAUAUUCUAAAUACUAAGUAUUGGCCAGCCUUGUUCAGUAGUGACUUGUGGAUAAUUAUUAUGAGAUAUUUGUCGCCAGAUUUAUGUAUCUUACAAUUUUCAAAAUUAGCUAAACUCUUUGAAGCAUUGAUUGUUUUUCCAUGUUUUGCACAAUGUCCUCAGCACAUUUAUCUUGAAAUGUUGUUAAAAAGACAUUUCUCUUUAAUAACAAAUAAAAGUCAAUUAGUAAACUGUUGUCCUCAACUAAAAUUACAAAGUCUGAAAUCUGCUGUUGGAAUACUGCAUGUUUCAACACUUUCAAAAUACAAUCAAUUAUCAGAAAUGAUAAAAAUUAUACGUAUAUUACCAGAACAAACAAACUAUGAACACUUAAAUGAAGAAAUAGUAUAUUUAUGGAAUUGUAUUAAAGAUGAAUACCCAUCUGAAUAUUUAUGUGCACUAGUAGAAGUCAGUAUUGGCUCUGAAAAAUUACUAAAAAGAAUAAUUCCAAAGACUAUUAAAAUAUUAAGUAGUUGUGCUUAUGAUGAUACUACAGAAAUGAAGCGAUGCAGACUACGCCUGAUCCGAUCAAUAUUAUUACACAUGCCACGGUUUCAAGAAAAACUGAUAAUGGAUAUUUUUCUUCAAUAUUUAUUUGAUCAUCAUCCAUUAGUUCAACAAUGGACUAUUGAAACUAUAGUGUAUUUUUCUAGUAUCACUGAAAAUCAAAAUCAUUUAAUUUCUAUGCUUUUUAAACAACCUGAAGUUAGAACUAUUAUAAAAGAUUAUUUGGAGAUGAAAAUCAAUCAUAGUUAUAAUUAUGAUGAUUUAAUUCAGUAUUUUGAACAAUUAUCCUUAAAUGGAGAAUUUCAACACAUAUGUACAUUUGAUGGUAAAUUAGGCAAAGUAUUGGAUACAUUAAAAAUAAAUAUUGAUUGUUUGAAUGAUAUUGUAAGUAAAACUCAAAUAACAGCAGAUGAAUUAGAAAGAUUAAAAGAAUAUACAUCUCUUUUAAAUAAUAUUUGCGAGGCAAUGAAAUUUAAUAUUGAAGAUUUUUAAUGUUUCGAGUCAAAUGUUAA